UGCCACAGCCUGUCCGUGUUGUCUUUGGCUGCUCUGUCUCCGGCUUUAUUGUUGUAGUCGGUCUAUAAUGACAUGGAGCUUGACGGAUAUGAUUAGAAAACAUACCGCAGUAAAGCCAACACUUCUGUGACUGACUUGGACUAUGGAAGUGAUCGGGUUCACGCUGCACAUGUGUGAGGAGAAGUGUGUGUCCCAUGUUGCAUUAGUGUCUGUGUGAAAUGCUGGCCUGUCUGCCGGGGCCAGGUGACCUCCCCCUCCAGCUUCUCCCCCACACGCAGAUGAACACUGGACUUCAGAAAUGGGACACCACACAAAGGAUGAGAUCCGCUCCAUUUCCAACCCCUGCAGAAUUGGAUGCAUAUGCUAAGAAGGUUGCCAACAACCCCCUCACCAUCAAGAUCUUCCCCAACAGCGUCAAGGUCCCCCAGCGAAACCACGUGCGCCGCACAGUAAACGGGCUGGAUACGUCAGGCCAGCGCUACAGCCCAUACCCUUCGUCUCAGGCCAGUGCCAAGACAGGCCUCCUCGCCAUCGUCAAGGUGCCCACGGUCAAAGGUAUCGUGAAAGAUUUUGACGGCAGCCGGGCUCGCUUGCACCCUGAAAUCAUCAUGAACCCUCCCACUGGACCCUACCAAGUGGCUUCGACCAGCACUUUAAACCACCACCCACCUCUGCCAAACCUUCCCCGGUCACAGCAAAGCUUACCCCUUCAACCGCAGGACCCACCUCAGACUCUACAGAUGCCCCUCCCUCAGCACCAGGGUCACACCCAGAGCCUCAGACACCCUCCUCCCAUGGCCCAGCACCCUCAGGGCCCACCCAGACUUCAGACUCUGUCUCAGCACCCAGCCCUUGGGCAUCCACAGGGGCCCCCUACUGUCAUGCUUCAGCAGCAGCACCUUCAGCAGCAGCCACCACCUGGCCUGCAGGGGGGCAGAAAGCUGCCAGAUGGCGACGCACCACCCAAUGUUACCGUUUCUACCUCAACCAUUCCACUUUCAAUGGCUGCCGGGCUGCACCAGGGCCGCCAGGCCGACCUGAGCACCAUUGUGCAUCAGAUCAACCAGUUCUGCCAAGCUCGAGCCCAAGGUGCAGGAGCCACCUCCAUGUGCGAGGGCCAGAUCGCCAACCCUAGCCCCAUCAGUCGCAAUCUGCUUAUCAGCGCCUGCUCCAGGGUCUCCAUGCACAGCAACCCUGCCACCCCUGGCUUUCCCCCACCCAACUGCAUUAUUGGCCCUCAAGAGAAAGCCACGGUCCCAGUGGGAGCUCACCCUCCACCCAGCGUGGCUGCUAUGAACCACUUGCCUUCCAGCCACACUGAUCUCAAGCAGCAGCACCACUUGCAGCCGCAUCUGCAUCCGCAACAGAAUCAGCAGCAGCAGAUACAACAUAACACACAGCAGCAGAAGAUGCGCUCUUGGAAUCAGCACCAGUUGGCUCAUGUACCCCACAUCCAGAACGGUGGGACCCACCUCUGCAAGCAGCCUUCCAGGGACCCCGCCUUCCAUUUCAAGGGCAUGGGCUACCCUGCAGAGGUGUGCGUGGGUCAGCCUUACACACUGAAACCUCCCUUAGAGAGGCCCACCCCCUCUCCCCCUGUCAACAACAACGGCAUGCCCGGCCCCAUGGCCCACUACACUAAUGGUCACUACUUCCAGUCCCACAUUUGGAACAGCAGCAUCCUACCCACACCCAACAGUGACAGCUCCGGGUCUCAGGACGUAGCCAUGUCAUUCCAUGGUGCGGGCCCAGGGGGGUGCACCACGCUAGACUGUGGGCCCCCUGGGGCUCCCCAUUACAGGCUAGGAGCGAGCUCCUCCUCCGCCUCCUCCGCCCAGACUACUCUGAUGCAAACGGCAGAUUACUUGGGUGGGGACUUCCAGACGCCCUACUUCCGCGAUCAGAAUCUAGGGUUGAUGGGCAAGAUGCACAGGCCUGCUCUGAGCAGGGUAGGUCUAGAGGUUGGGGAUGGCAGAACCGCUCUCAUCCAGCACCCAGGGUACAGAUAAGCUAUGGCCUUGUCUACACAACAGUUAUCAAACCCUUUUGUUUAGUCUUAAAGGAAACACAUGAAUAAAACUAAAUUGCUAACUUAAACAAAUGACUGCUAAUGUUAAAGAGGGUAAAUUAAUAUAUUUAAUGAAGAACAGUAUUUUUUUUGUUCUUUUUUUUUUUUUUUUUUAAAUAAAUCUUGCAAGUGAUCAAUUGCUACUUUUAUUUUUGUUAAUGAGUGCAUUUACCUGGCACUUUAGGGAACUUUUUCACGUGCGUGUGCGUACAUGUCUACUGUGUGUGUCAUUCCCUGCUUCUUCCUCUACCACACUUGUUUGUCUGUGUGCCUGGAUCUGAACAGAUGCUGUUAUUUCAACUUCAGAUCUUUCAGUAAUGUUUUCUUAUGCAUGUAAGAAAGAGGAAAACCAGAUAGAUCCCCCACUAACAAAAAAAAAAAACAAAAAACAAAACAUCUACCGACGGAUGUUUUUCACGGGGUCUUGUCAGGAAUUUUAUUGUUUGAUUAGACAAGUGACUUGAUUUUGAUUUUGGUGUUAACGCUCAAUUCUCAUAGUAACUUCAAGAUUAAACACAGUCAUCAGAGAACAUAAGAGAGAGUCAUGAUCUUGUUUCAAUGCAAACCUAACAGACACUGGAGACUACAAAGUACAGCUUGUGGUAUGCACAUGUACACAGAGGUUUUAUUCUUUUUAAAUGUAAUUAUUUAUUUGUAUAAUAGGACUAUUCAAGAUUGAUUCCUCUCUGUCAGUUAAGGAAACAUAUAAUCAAGCUGUUUGUACAUAGUGAAGAUCCAGCAGGGAGCAAAUACAUUAAAAAGGGGGAUUCUCUGUUCUGCUUAAAAUGCUGCAAUGAAUUCAGGUGUUUAAAAAAAGACUUUUGACAAUGCCAGGAAGGUUUGGCAACAAGACUGCAACCAGUGCAGAAGAAGUCAUGAGAGCUUAACUCUCAAACCUUAAAAUGGCCAAAGUCAGGUUAACAAGGACCCACUGUUAUGAAGAUGUGCCAUUUUGUUUUUGUUUCCUUUUCAGAUUGUUUUUGUAUCCAUGAAAAAAUGUAUUACUUGAAUGUUGAAAUCAUUUGUUUUGCAGGUAUUGAAGGGGGAUGGGUUAGUUAGGAGGACAAAACUCUGGAGUAGAACUAGUGAUAGUGUUACUAAUGUCAUGUAGAAUCUAACUACGAGUCUAACCAGAGUUUUGAUCCUUUGACAGCAGGAACUUAAGUGUAUUAAGUUGUGUAGUUGCUACUGAUUCUGAUGUGAAGUCUGCCUGGAAAAGACCAAAUUGAUCACUUGCAAGAUCAUUCAGACAUAAACAACUGACUUUUAAGUUUAAAGUGAAACAGCAAAUGCAUUGUUUAUUUUCUUGUACACUGGCUUACCUACUAGACUACUGUAACUUUAAAAUUUAAUGAUUGUGUGUGUGAAUGUUGCCUGCUGAUGUGGGUAGAGUUCAGGGUGAGUGUGUGUGUGUGUGUGUGUGUGUGUGUGUGUGUGUGUGUGUGUGUGUGUGUGUGUGUGUGUGUGUGUGUGUGUGUGUGUGUGUGUGUGUGUGUGUGUGUGUGUGUGUAAACACGACAACGCCCAUGUUUUGUUCACCUAACUCCCUAACAGCCCUUAUAAAGCCUUAAGUGUUUGGUCCUUGGACUUUCCUUUGCAAAUGAGCAUGGUUUUAAUGAAAACCCCAAACAAUAAGGAGAAAGAAAAGAUGGUAAGGAAACACAGAAACAGCAUUGUUUUUUUCUGGUCUUUUUAUUUUAAUGAAGUUUUGUUGAAUAGACAGGCAAUUCCUUAGAGAUUCUUUAUUAUUGGAACGCAAGAAGAGGAGUAAUAUUUUGUAAUUAUAUAUUUUAGCAAUGUGUAGUUACAGAGCUGUAACUUUUUUUUCCAAGUUUCAAAGCUUCAGUUUGCAGUUGUGACUAUUUAUAAUACUUGAUUUGCUUGUUAUUUAAAUUUUAUUUUCCUUUGUUCCUUGUACUAUUGCUGUGAAAUGGAAGAAGGUCCAUGAGCCUUUCUUUUGUGUCAUUCUGUACGACAGAUAAGAGGCAAGAGCGUGAGAGUUGUGCUACUCUUUUUGUAAUAUUGUAAUAAUAAAAUAAAGUUCUAAUUUA